AUUAUAUGAAAAGAAAGUAUUUACAAUGCUCACCACGAUAAUUAUUCUCCUAAUAACCAUCAGCUGUAGCUAUGCGGAUCCUAAGCUGGAAGUCGAAUGGGAUCACGCUCAGCAUGGUCUUGAUUGGGGUGGCAGCUGCUCGAAAGGAAAAUAUCAAUCGCCAAUUAACUUACUAACAAAAUGGGAUGCUCUGCACGAGAAACACCAUUUGAAAUUACAAAAUUAUUGUAAUUUGGCUUUGAAGAAAACGGUAUUAUACAAUACAGGAUACACGGUAUCCUUGGACUUGGCAGUAAGUGAAAACGGGAAUUUCCCUCGCAUGUCUGGAGCUCUGCUAACUCGAACUUUUAACGCAACGGAGCUGCAUUUCCACUGGGGCUCGAAAAACGCGAAAGGCUCGGAGCAUACGAUAGAUGGUAAGCGCUUUGAUCUCGAGCUGCAUAUCGUGCACAGGGCACUUGGCGUGGAUGACAUUGCCGUUCUGAGUGUGCUGUUCAACAUAAGGGAGAAUGCAACUACGAAACCAGUCCUUGAGCCUAUUUUCGAUGCACUAGCAGAAGUCUCAAAAUAUCACAAAAUGGCUGAGGUUAGCGAGCCAUUUGGCUUAUGUCAACUGUUCACAGUCUUGGAUCGAACGGAUUAUUUCACAUACGAAGGAUCGCUGACUACGCCAAAUUGUCGAGAGGGUGUCACUUGGAUAGUGUUUCGAAAUCCAGUCGACGUAGCACUAGAAGAUGCCUCCAAAUUAUGGGAACUUAGAGAUUCUAAAGGCAGAUCCAUUGCAAAAAAUUACCGCAUGGUAAUGCCGCUCAAUGCGCGUCCAGUUUAUCGCUUUAAAAGAGGAGAACCAGCCAAGAUUUUGGCACCGACCCAAAACGUGGCCGAUGGCCGUGCCACUACUUAUCAGGACUCAUCGGCCUUGUGA